GCCUGCGGCAUUCUUUUGUUCAAACGAAUCAUGUGAUGUGCAAGAACCAAUUGAAAUAGGGCCUUUGGAAAUUGUUAUUGUUUUUCAUUGUCACAUCUUUCCAAAAAACAUGGCGUCGUCCUCGUCUUUCGUAGUCGAAACUUCGGAACAGAUCUCAGAAAUUAGUAAUGAAAAGCUAAUGGACUGCAUAAGAAAUUAUCGUUCCAUGUACGACAAGAAAUGCAAGGACCAUAAAGUUCCUCCCAAAACCUGUGCUUUCUCUUAACUUUAUUGCGUCUUCUUCUGUGUAAGCAAGUAGCAAUAUGUAUUCAUAUCAAAGCAAUAAUCCUUCGUUUUUUGCAGCAGCCAUGUUUGUUGUUGAAUUUUGCUCGCCAGUUUUUCCCGCUCAAACUUUACCUAGUUACUUUACCUAGUUUGCCGGUGAUACUGUAAGGGUGGGAGAUGAAAGAUGGCAGAAAGCAGUCGCAGGCAGUCGCAGGCAGCCUUACGGCUAUAUGGAAACAAGGCUUUAGCCUUUCAUUAUGUAAUCUGCGAUAAUUGCUAAAAGACACUGAGAAGGAGCAUCGAAUGCUAUUCAAUGGCACAAAGCGAAAAUAUGAGCUUUUGUUAGCGGAGAAAUAAAAAGAAGGGUCGAGUGAGAUGAGAUUAGUUUGGGGAAUUUUUGACUCACUGCAGGUGACCAAGAAGAUAGUGCAAAACAGGAAAAGGCUGUCUUUUUAUCUUUAAAGAGCAGAGGGCAAAGAAAAUGAAAUCAGCGAAUGAAAUGACAUGCAGCUGUGUUCUCGUCUUCAUUUUAAUUGGAGUCUUAGCAAUGACAGCAGCUGCUGAUGAACCAAAAUCGAAUGACACCCUCGACUACGAAAUUAUGCUCGUCGAAAAGCUCACGAAAAACUACAAGAACGUUGGUCGUCCUGUUCACUCAAACAAAGAACCAGUACUUGUUUACUAUGAUCUCAAAAUAAACAAACUCGAGAAAUUGGUGACAGUGAAUCAAUUACUCAUACUACAUACAUUUGUCAUGAUGGUAUGGAAAGAUCCUCAUUUACGAUGGAACGAGACCGAGUUUAAUGGAACAGACAUCAUCACACUGAAAUCAUCAAGUAUCUGGACACCUGAUAUCAUGCUUUAUAAUACAGCUGAAGACCAGAACAAAUCACCCCAAGACACGUACAAAGCACCUGUCAAUGUUUUCCACAAUGGCACUGUUGUGUGGUAUGUCCCUGUGGUUUGGAAAAGUUCCUGUGAGGUUGAUAUCACUUGGUUCCCAGUGGACACACAGGUUUGCAAGCUCGUCUUUGCCUCUUUAUCAUACACGAAAUCGAGGCUUCGAUUACUCUUCCACGAAGUGCCUGAGCAAAUGCACGAGAACAAAGGUCACCAUCAUGUGACAAAUGGCGAAUGGGAGUACAAGGGAAUGGCUGCGUCAAACACUGAAAAGCAUUACGAUUGUUGCCAUGAGCCUGUCCAGCAACUAAUCUACGAACUGAAGAUCAAGCGAAAACCCUUGUUCUUUCUUCUCUACAUGAUGUUUCCAGUUUGUGCAGUGGUUUUCCUCUCCUUGCUCAGUUUUCUCAUACCAGCCGCCAGCGGCGAACGAAUCGGCUUUGGCGUAACUAUUCUUCUGACAAUGGGAGUCUACUUAAUGGUGAUUUCUGAAGAUCUGCCCAAAACAGCGCACAGAGCGCCUCUCAUUGGAGUACUAUACGUCACUCUGUUCUACAUCAUGAUUAUCGCCUAUGUAGCUUCGACGAUCAAUGUUAGCCUUUCAAGGAAAGAGACGAAACCACCGAAAUUCUUGUUGCGACUGGCACGAAGCCAGAAACUGCCAUCCAGAAAUGGAAGCUCACUGAUCACCCGAAUGAGAACAGCUAGCAUGAGAACCUACGUUGAGCGCAAAAAGUCAAGCAUACAAAAACCAGUGCUAGAAACAGACGGGAAGAUGUUCUGCGAAGAUGAAGAAUUCUUUGAUUUGGAAAAAUGUCCAAUGAAAAACGAAAAACCGAGCAACGGAGGAAAGUAUUUCGCGCCAAUGGAGAAAAUAUUGGAUGAAUCUGCUAUUGCAGAAAAGAACAAUGAAAACUGGAGACGCAUUGCGGCUUAUCUCGACAAGGUCUUCCUUUGGGUGUUUUUGGUCUUGAUAAUUUUUUCAUGUGCCAUCAUCAUCUUAGCUUUAGAAAUCAUGCAUGGCUAGCCAAGGUUUGAUUCCAUACAAUAACGAUGCUUGAACACGUGGUUUUUGAUACGAGCGGUGAAACGGAUAAAUGCGUCGAUUGCUUAAGAGAAUUUGGCUUGCUUGUAAAAUACCUCUAAAUUAACUUUGCUACCUGUCCAAACAAUUCUUGCUUAUGUCACUUUCAGAGUCGGAACAGCGAUCACAUUGGCAACGACCGUGAAGAAGACAAAUAAGAACAUAAGAAAUAUAUGCCACACCCAAACCACGCCCCGUCGUCUUUUUUCUGAGGAAAGAUUUCAGAGCUUUGGAUUUUGUUAAGAGGAGGACAUUUUCUGGACUUCGGAAACUUCACUAGAACAGAAAUGGCUCCAAAUUCUAAAUUGUUGCCUUCUAGAGAAUAUGCACCAAACAUUUUAUCCUGCUAAACCGGAAAAAUUCCAGUAACAGAAAUGAAAUUAACUGAUUUUCUUUGCAGUUUUCAAUAGCUUAAACAAAUCAUUAACAAUCACUAUGCAGAUAAAGUCGAUCCAGGGUUCCAUGACGUGGUAGAAAAUCAGACGAACCGCAUUUGAAACUCAGAAGAACCGCAUUUGAAAGAGCGACAAAAUCCGAUAACCAAUUAACGCUGACUAGCUGUUUAGUUGCUUGAUAUAACAAUAUGUAUCUAAUAGUUCACGAUGAUUUAAAAUUGGCUUAAUUACGCGCAAUAAACAACCUUUCUCGUCUAGAAUAAUUCCCGCUUCAGUAGUGCAAACCUGAAUCAAAUUGGCAACCAAAAUUAGGCCUAAAGUGAUAUGGCAUCAAAACAUUCGUAAUUAGAUGUUCUAAAGUUUCGUUGCAAAUGGCGAAGAAUCAAGGUUAAAACGGCUUACCGUUUACGAACUGACCGACCAUGACGUAACCAAGCCUUUCACUGCUUUUAUCAAAGCGCAGCGGUCCCUGAAAUCAACAAACAAGGAGUUCAACCAGUAAAUACAACAGGAACUUACAACUAUAUGCCUAUCAGCUAUAUAUAUAUUGCUUUGAAGUACUAAUGCAGUGACAGAUAGCAAAAAGCAGUCUUGCUUAUAAAAUAAACAACAGAAAAUACACUUUUGACGAUAGCACCAAAACGAACUUCCAAACAAAAUACAUUUUAGAUUCAAUCAAAAUAUGUCUUGUCUAAAAGUCUUUCUAGAUUCAUUGCUAUUUUUACUUUCUUUCAUUUAAAGUUGGAAACAAUUCCAAUUUAUAGUUGGAAACAAAGGAGUUCCAGUUUAUCAUUUCAACUUCUAUCAUGAUACAUCCAGGAGGGUGAAAGGUCGCAAACGGGCCAGAAUUAGUUUUCCCCAUGCGCUGAGCGACCUGUUAAUCUUACACUUUGGUGUUUGGCAGGGCUCAUUACCGGGGCACAUCAUUUUCAACUUACAUGUAAAUGAUUUGGAAAAUACCACGUUUAUCAAGCUAAGUAGAAAGAGAAACUGCUAGAAAAAAGGGGGUAGACUCUAUUGUUGACUGCUUGAUAAUAAUUAUAAAACAUUAUCUUUUAUCACUGGAGCCUACGCGUAAAAUUGGUUGGACAACUCACCGAUAUGGCCUCGAACUUUGCAUUAAUUAUCGUUUGUGCAUAAGUGAGGUAUGAGAAUCUUGGAUCCCUGUAUUUGAACGUUGUCAAGUUGUGUGACUUGCUGAUUUUGUGAAGGGCGUUGGCAAAAACCCAGACGGCAUCGAACGCAAAUGAGGCAAAUGUGUAAGCAUGUGGUACACGUCUCUUCAGGGCGGAGAAGAACUCUGGAGCAGUCUGAAAUGAGCGAUUUUGGAUUGGUUGAUCAUUUGAGUGAGAAUAUUUUCUUUAAUGAUCAUUGCUUUGUGCAUUAUAAUGCUUCAUGUUUGAAUUAUUUUUCUUUGACGAACACUUUAGAUUCUGCAUUGGCGGGUGUCAGUAAAAAUGUGAUGAUGAGCAAAGUCAAAAAAAUAAUUCCAAAAAUUUCUAAGUUCAGUAAAAAUGCAGAUUUUUAAUUGUAUAAUAACAACGUCUGGCUGUAUAAAUGUUCAAUCAUGAACACAGACUAUUUAGUUUUUAAAUCUCUUAUAGAUGAUUUAGAACGUCCAAAAUGUUAAAGAGAAAUUAUAUUACCA